AUGCCGCGCGCGCCUCUCCUCCGCCUCCCUUACACGGAUCCCCUCCCCGCACCUAGGAUCCUUCCCGCGAGCGCAGCGACUACAAGCGGUGCCAUUGCCGCCCUGGUAGAUUUCCUGUCGCCUUCUCUGCCACGGCAUACGCCCGCGUCAACGCCAUCCAGCAAGCUCAAUCACGAUGCGAGGACCCGUGCGGGCAGCACGCUGCUGCUUACCGGCGCGGGCAUCUCGGUAGCAUCUGGGCUGGCGGAUUACCGUGGCACAAACGGCACGUAUACGCUCAACAAGACGUACCGCCCCAUUUACUUCAGCGAGUUCUGCGCCAGUCACGAGACGCGCAAGAGAUACUGGGCGCGCAGUUUUAUCGGCUGGACAAAUCUGGAGAGGGCAAGACCGAAUCGCACGCAUGAGGCUUGUGCCGACUUGGGUCGCUUGGGCGUCGUGGAGAGGGUGAUUACGCAGAACGUCGAUUCCUUUCAUCCCACCGCACAUCCCCAUCUGCCGACGACAGAGCUCCACGGCUACCUGCGCAGCCUGGUCUGUCUGACGUGCCGAAACGAAUACUCGCGCCGCGCGUUUCAGGAGCAGCUGUCAGUCCUGAAUCCCUCGUGGGCCGCUUUCCUCGCCGAAAUGCUGGAAACGGGUGCACUUGACACGGAGAACCCCGCGGAGCGCCGCAAGAAGGGGCUCAAGACGAAUCCGGAUGGUGAUGUCGACAUCCCCGAUGCGCCCUACACUACAUUCAGAUACCCCGCAUGCCCCGUGUGUCUCGAGAAGCCGCCGAAGCGCGCCGAUGGAGCCACCGUCCGCGUGCAAGUCGACAAGGACGGGGCGUGGGAUCCCCAGAGCGAAGGCGGCGUCCUAAAGCCCGCUGUCAUCAUGUUUGGCGAGUCCAUCCCCGCCGCUACAAAAGCCGCCGCUGAGCAAGCCGUCGAUGCCGCCGGCAGGAUCCUCGUCCUCGGAAGCAGUCUGGCCACGUACUCGGCGUGGCGCCUCGUGAAAAAGGCAAAGGAAAUGCACUUGCCCAUUGGCAUCUUGAACAUUGGCGGCGUCAGGGGCGAAGACACGUUUUUCGGUGACGUUCACGGCGAUACGAAUACCGGUGGCCAAGCCCUGCGCUUGAGCGAUAAUGCGGAAAUCUUGCUGCCGCAGGUUUACAAAGUUAAGUUAUUGUGGUAUAUCCCAACCCCCAACCCCCAACUACACACAGAUAGAGAAGAAGAAGAAGAAGAGGAGGAGGAGAAGGAGAAGAGGAAAUGCCUCUGGAUUGUAUCUACCCCGAAAACGCGGAUCUUGGCUGUGCUGGGGAAGGAAGAAGAAGAAGAAGAAGAAGAAGAGAAAGAAGAAGAGCAAAAACAAUGGAUGUUUGAAUGUAUAAAUUCGAAGGGAGAAAGAGGGGAAAAAAGAGAGGAGAAGGAGAAGGAGAAGGAGGAGGAAAUAUACGUAGAAAACGUAUAA